UUUACAGACAGAUGCCCCGCACUGCAGACAAUCAAGAGGAGGGAAAAAGUCUUCUGCAGAGACAGCAACCUGGACGCAGUCAGGCCAUAGAAAGCCAGCAUCACCUUGGCAUUCUCUCACAGCGUCUCCCGGUUGUCCUCACCUGACGUCCCAUGCGCUGACACAAUGCUAGUAUUCGUAUCGCUGCUGUUCACGGGCUUGGACUGCUUACUGGCAGCUCCGGCUGGGAGAGAGGUCUACAGGAUGCCGCAGAGUGCGCUCAAAGCUUUGUCCGAUCGUGGCACUUUGGUUCUGGAGGCAGCCAUGUCCAGUGCCCUUUCCGCUCUGGACCGAGCAUCAACUGAGAGGAGUCGGGCAGAGGUGGGCUGCAGAGGAUGCGCUCCCUGUUUGUUUCAGGACUGUGGACAGCCCUCUGGAUCUUGCAUUUCUCCCAGCAAUGCCUUAUCAGAGCCUAGCUGCGAUGUCAUCAGCAAAGCCCAGAAGCUUCAGGACGAAGCUGAGCGGAGUUGGGCCCUGAGCCAGGCCUGCGCCUUCUACCAACACCGCUGUCAAGUCGGCAACUUGGACAAAGAGAGCUGCAUCAGAAUCAUGGGUGAGAGUUGCAGCGCCCGCGUCCUGCAGUGCAGCUUGCUUAACACAAUGCAGAACCUGGAACCCGCCACUCAGACGCAUGUGCAGGCCGUGUGUGGUCAGAGGCUAUCCUCAGCACACAACGUAACCCAACCUCGUUCCAGGAUCGUGGGGGGGUCCCCUGCUCCACCGGGCAGCUGGCCUUGGUUGGUCAAUCUGCAGCUGGAUGGUGGCCUGAUGUGUGGAGGAGUCCUAGUGGAGAGCUCAUGGGUGGUCACUGCAGCACAUUGUUUUGCUGGGAGCCGUAGUGAAAGCUACUGGACUGCCGUGGUGGGUGAGUUUGACAUCACCAAGACUGACCCUGGUGAGCAGAUUCUCAAAGUCAACCGCAUCAUCCCUCAUCCUAAGUUCAACCCAAAGACGUUUAACAACGACAUAGCCCUGGUGGAGUUGACGUCUCCAGUGGUUCUUUCUGACCGUGUCACCCCUGUGUGUCUGCCCUCUGGGGUGGAGCCCCCUACUGGCAGCCCUUGUCUGGUGGCAGGCUGGGGCUCUCUCUAUGAAGAUGGCCCAUCAGCUGACGUUGUAAUGGAGGCCAAAGUGCCCCUACUGCCUCAGACCACUUGCAAGAAUGCACUGGGAAAAGAGUUGGUCACCAACACCAUGUUGUGUGCCGGCUAUCUAACCGGAGGGAUCGACUCCUGUCAGGGUGACUCUGGAGGACCGUUGAUCUACCAGGACAGAAAUUCUGGUCGCUUCCAGCUACAUGGUAUUACAUCAUGGGGUGAUGGAUGCGGAGAGAAAGGCAAGCCCGGAGUUUAUACCCGUGUGUCUGCUUUUUCAGACUGGAUUCAGGUUGAGAUACAAAAGUCGUUUGGCAGUCGGGAGCCGACAUGUCCGGAGCUUUUAAAAACGACAGAAAUGACAGAGGAGGAGCAAAGGUCAGAGUUCAGCACUCUGUGUCGCUUCUACACCCUCACGUGCCCCCCGGGCCAGUUGAGCAGCACCUGCAGUCGAAUGGCAGAGGACAAAUGUCUCACCCGAUUCCAAAAAUGUCAGCUUCGUUCGUUCCUGCAGACUCUGCUUGACCUGCUCCAGAGCGCUGAAGACUACAUCAGGGACAAAGUAGACUUAACCUUCUUCACCCAGACUCUUCCACAACUGGUCGAACACAUCUACAGCAGUGCUUUUCUUCACAACAGAGACAAGAGAGCCUUGGGUGGCAGUCACGAUCUUGUGCAGAUCAACGAGCAGCAAGGUGGUGCUGUGACACCAGAGGACCAGGGUUCCUUUCCAGCCCCUCCAGCUUUUUUCAAGGCGUUGGGCCCCUCUGUGCAAGACUGGGAGAAUUACCUGGUAACAAUCGCUGAAGAUAUGGAGACACAACCUAACGACACGUCCAAAGAUAGUUCUUCCGCAUUGUCAAAAGAGGAAGAAAACCUUUUCUUACAGGCAGGGGACUCCUCUGUACUUCAUCUUGAGAAGGAAUAUCGAAAUAUUAUCUCAGCGUUACGCUCCAAACUGGACUCUAAAGCUGCCCCGCCCAUCCUUCACUUGGACCUAUCCUAUAUCCAGGAACGUUCUUACAGCCCUCCUCUCCUUCCAACAUCUUCCACAGGACUGUCAAUCAACACUGGUCCUUCCUCUUCACUAAAACCCAAGAAACCUUGGUCACUUCUUGCAGCCCUAAUGACUGAAAUUGAUAAACUAAGGUCAAGUGAAUCCUUGACACAAAGUGAAACAACCGUCACUUCAGCUGAUGGGUUGUCGGACCAAUUGGACAAUCUCAGAAGGUUAUCAGCUUCGGUAUCCACACCAGUUCCACCAAACGACAGAGAUCUGGAAAAGACGACAUCUCAACCCAGACAAACUCUGCAUUUCAGAAAUCUUUCAAGUUUACACAGAAAACGAAGAAGCCUUCUUCAUAAGAGACAAACACCUAGUCCCGGUGGUAAAGUUUGUCCGAGUGUUCGAGAGACUUCACAGCAAGUCAGUCAAGUGAGAGACUCUUACAACUGGGUGCUAAAUAUCCCAAACAAGAACCUCCGUAUGAGCUUUCAAGAGAUUUUAGUGGAUCUAAACUCUAAGAACGAUCGAGGACUCUAUCAAGCAAGGGUCAGAGCUACUGUGGGAGGACGACCUCUGACUUUCUACAGUCUUGUAGGCCUGGAAAAUGAAUCGUUCUACCGCAGUGUGCCAAGGAUUAUAUCCUUAGCGUUGGAGGCCCUCAAGACUUAACGUCAGUGAAACCGCAGAACUGCAGAACUCAAACAUUCUUGUUUGAAAAGCCCCGAAGGACUGCGGUCCCGCUUUUUUUACGGGACUCAAACGCACACUGGUUAUUCCUUUCGUGGAGAGUAUCCUUCGGCGGGAUUCAGCCAGAUGGAGUUGGAGAGCCAGAUUACGGCUUUACCUAAAACAGGGGUCUCCAAACCAUUCCACAUAGGCCCGCAGUGGGUGCAGAAUUUCAUUCCGACAAAACAAGACACCUUUUCACCAAUCUGGUGUUUUACAAGUCUAAUCCGUUGAUUGCAGUCAAGUGCUGCUUCUUUUAGCAGAAACCUCAUCGGUUAAUCUGUCCAACCCAAGACCACAGCAGCCCUUGAGGACCGGUUUGGAGACCCUUGACCUAAAAACUAUGAAUGUAUCCUUCCAGCUAUCAACCAGGCCUCACAACAGCCUUGUCUAACUUAUAAAUCUGUACAAAUGCUAAGUUAUUUGUAUUUCAAAGUCUUUCGCAAAGGUUGACCCUCUUGUGAAAAUCACAGAUUGUUAUUCUUAUUUAUUUGUAUAGACAAAAAAAUCAUUUGUAUUUUUGUAAAAGCAAUAUAUAUAAAUAUAUGAAUGACAUG